GAGAAGAGGGUUUUUCUGUACAGUUUUAGGAUGUUCCACAGUUACAGAUGUAUCUGACUUCCUUCCAGCCUUUCCUUCUCUGCUCCAGAUCAUGCUAACUUUGUUGUAUUGCAGGUUUUUGUUUCCACUCUAUUACAGGGAGUCAUUCAAGCUAACAGGUUUUUGCUUUCCAGGCUUCUGCUCUUAGCAUCAUCUUUUGCAGGGAUGUUCCUGACUUUAACAGUACUAAUUUCCAGUUAACCAGCCAUAACCUCUCCGUUCACUCGGGUCCUCUUAGGUCUUUGUUCUUAUGUGACUUGAAAGUCUCUCUCCUGCAUCUCAGCUCCAGACACGCCCCCUCAGUUUCUCCGUGCCUCAAAGCUGUCAGAUUAUGAGGUACAAUUGUCAUGGGAACCACCACUGCUCGCCAAUUCAGAGAUCCUCUAUUACAUUGUCAAAAUUUGGAAUGAAACAAGCCAAAUGUGGCAGAAUGUGACAGGAACAUCAGUCGUUAUCCAGGUGGAUUCAGAGAGCCGCUACAAUGCUUCUGUCUCCAGCUGGACCAAACUGGGAGAUGGAGGAGUGCUGGUUUACAUCAGCUUCACUGUCACUGAUGCAGAGCCGUUUGAUCCACCACAAAAUGUGACUUUUGAAAAUGUCACAGCUUCCUCUGUCACCUUGACGUGGUUCCCACCCACUCAGCCCAAUGGAAUCAUUGUGCUCUACACUAUUUUUUACAGUGAAAAUAGCACAGUUGGGAAACAGAUAGUUCCCGUUUCAGACUUACCUGAACGCCCCUCACCUGGCUCACCUUUUGUCUACACUCUGACUCGGCUGAUUGGAGGCACUAACUACACUUUUUGGAUGACCUCCAACACUUCUCAGGGUGAUGGAGGGGUCCAAUCCGAGCCAUUUUCCCUGCUCUUACCAGAGGAUGGUCAGUCAGACACUCAAAGCACCAGCAUAGAAACGAUAUAUUAAGAUUUAUAGGAAAAUUACACAUAAUAUUACUAUACAUUUUGAUGUAAUUAUCUCCAAUAUAAUGAAAACUGGGAGAGGAAAGUCUGCACACUUUUUUCAAAUCUCUUCUUACCCUUAAAUAAAAUUACAUAAAAACUGUGAUUAAAAGAGCAGCUUUAUAAUUGUGUCUGUUUACAUUGCUAUGCAAAAAAAA